AUGAUAAAUACUCUACACUUAAAUAAUGGUGAACGAAGAAUUGGUGCAGAAGAACGAGGAAUGGAUAUAGAAGUUGGUGAAGAAGAAGGAAGAGUUGGUGAUGAAGUAAGGAAGGUUGGAGACGAAGAAGGAGGACCUGGCGGUGAAGAGCGAAACCCUGGCGGUGAAGGGCAAAGGCAAAGUCCUGGGGAGACGAAAACAAAAAUUCCUGGCGGUGACGAAAGCGCAGCUGAGGGUGGCGAACAGAGCCAGGAAAUUGUGAUUGAAAGAGCGGGUGAAGAAAUGCAAACGGCUGGAAGAUCGUGGGCAGAUAUUGUUGGUUCGCAGAAUUUAAGUCAAGGAGCUGUACCGUCACCACGUGCUCGGUUUGGAGCUAGGGUUGCUAGACCCAACUCUGUUGUGUUGCAUACACAAGCGUUCAAGGAUAUUACAGUGCGUGAGGUCAUGGAUGCCGUUUUAAAAUGUGUGAGACAAGAUACAAUUAAAUGUGUGCAACAAGUUCCUGGACCUCGGUAUCGUUUGACUUUUCGCUCGUUGGAAUAUAAACAAUUAUUUUUAGAUCGGCCGUUUCAUUUGCGGGGUGAACGAGUUAUUGCUCAAGAGCUUGAUAUGCCCACGUUACUGGUUAAAGUUUUGUGUGCCCCUAAUGAAUUUUCUAAUCAAACGAUAGCUGCAACGUGCCAGAAGUAUGGCAAAAUAGUGAAGGUGGAUCGGGAAAUGUAUCGUGAAAUGUAUCGUGAUUGGCCUAAUGAGGGGAUUCCCCGUCGUCUCUUUAUUGGUCCUUAUCCGAUAGAAACUAGAUGUCGUGGGCAAGUGCCUUUAUGUGGCAGAUGUGGCGAAUAUGGACAUCGUGUUGCUACGUGUUCAAAUGAUGUAAAGUGUUUCAAGUGUGGUCAAAAUGGUCAUAUACAACGUCAGUGUUUCAAGUUUCAAGCUUGA